CUGAAGGAUGCAUUUCUUCUCCAAACACAACGUGCCACCUCCCUCCUUCCUCUUCCAGCGCAUCCCAGUCAACUCAACGUCUUCCAGCUCAGCCUACGUGUGCGUGUACACGCGCUUAUUAACUUUUAUAUCUUAAUUGAAAGGGCGGCAUAUGUUUAAGCCUUAAUAAUGACAUCCUUUCUUCCCAAACGGUCUUUAAUCUUGAAACGAAGCGGUGAACCAAGGCAGCAGAGCGGGGUUGCUGAGUGAGGCUGCUGGCAUCCCUCACGACACCAGCCCCGUCUCCCCCCUCCCGCUGGCUGCUAUAUAGCGGGGUGUCCAACGUUUCUGUCCAUCGCAGUUUUGGUUUGGCUCCCGCUUUUGGUCUUGGAUAGCAGCCAGGAGAAAAUGUCUCAAUACUCAGGAAAAAUCACGUUCUACGAAGGCAAAUGCUUCACGGGCAGAAAGCUGGAGGUCUGCGGCAGCUGCGGCAGCUUCCAGGACCGAGGUUUCCUCAACCGGGUCAACUCCAUCUGUGUCCAGAGCGGGGCUUGGGUCUGCUUCGAUCACCCCGAUUUCCGAGGGCAGCAGUACAUCCUGGAGCACGGCGAGUACCCCGACUUCUAUCGCUGGAACGGCCGCAGUGACCACCUGGGCUCCUGCCGGCCCGUCGGGAUGCACGGCGAGCAUUACAGGAUCGAAAUAUUUGAGGGGAGCCAUUUUAGCGGUCCCAGCCUGGAGCUGACAGAAGAUUGCUCCUUCCUGCAGGGACAAGGCUGGGACAAGACCUGCAUCAACGCCCUCAAAGUGUACGGGGACGGCGCGUGGGUGCUGUAUGAGGAGCCCAACUACCGAGGCCGUAUGUAUGUGGUGGAGCGGGGCGAGUUCAGCAGCUUCAAUGCGUGGCAGGCACGCAGCGCGAGCGUCCAGUCCAUCAGAAGAGUCAUCAACUACUUCUAGCUGAGCUUUCAUCCUACUAGCAAUGGCCUGCUGAGACCGGGCAUCACCCUCCUUCCCACUCGCUGACCUGUAGA